AUGGCAACGUCGACAAAUGAAUUCAGAAUGUGGAUUCGAAUAAUUGUGAUAUCAAUUACAAUUUCAGUUGUUGUACAGGUUAUUUGGUCAAAUUUCCAAAAUAUAACAAUAUCUCGUCGUUCUCUGUGUCACAGUAAAUUGGUACCAGAUGUCGUACGAACUGUGAUUACAUGCCCACCGAGCCUGGAAUUGAUACAUGGACAUCUCCUGGAGGAGAGAUAUCAGACCAAGGAAGUGGGCUAUUUCGUUGAUCCACUUCCAGUUGAACCGUGGUCUGAUGAUCGAGGAGGGCCGAUUUUACCAGAAGAGAAAUUAGCGGUCCCACUAUUGACCAGAUCUCCCGACCAAAGAAGGAAGGAACUUGAAACAGAGGCUAUUGCUGCGCUGAACGCCGCCGUUUCGUCGCGAAAGAAGGGCAACAUGCGAAGGGCUGAAACAAUAAUAGAGCAUGCAUUGGCACUGGCGCCGAAUCAUCCAGACAUUCUCACAGAAUAUGGUAUCAUAAUUGAAACGACACGUAAGAACUUGGUUGAAGCUGAACAAUUGUACACUCGAGCGCUCAGCUAUGAUCCUCAUCACACCGAAGCGUUAACUCGUCGUGCUCGGACACUUCCACUAGUUGAAGAGAUCGAUAAGAAUAUGCUGAAGGAACUGCGACGAAAACGUGCAUACUUCUUGAGGAUACCACGCAAUAAUUCUGCGUUGAAGCGUGCUAUGCGUGAAUCGUAUUUUAAACAUGUCUACCACACAGUCGCAAUUGAGGGCAACACCAUGACUCUAAUGCAAACCAGAUCGAUCCUCGAGACGAGAAUGGCCGUUGCGGGUAAAAGUAUUAUGGAACAUAAUGAGAUCCUCGGCAUGGACGCUGCACUUCGUUUUUUGAACCAUAGUCUUGUACAUAUUGGUCGUCUCACCGUCGACGAUCUUCUCGCAAUACAUCGUCGAGUUCUUGGAUUCGUUGACCCUGAAGCUGCUGGUGUAUUUCGCACCACACAGGUUUAUGUGGGAAGUUUCACACCGACUGCGCCAGAACUAGUACCGGAUGAAAUGGAGGAACUGGUUAUGUGGUUGAACGAUGAAGAAACCCUUCUGCUCGACCCAAUCGAAUUUGCAGCUAUUGCUCAUUAUAAGUUUGUCUACAUUCAUCCGUUCGUCGAUGGCAAUGGUAGGACAGCGAGAUUAUUGAUGAAUUUGAUUCUUAUGCAAGCUGGAUAUCCGCCCAUUAUAAUUCCAGUUGAGGAACGGUCUGAAUAUUAUCAUACACUAACUGCGGCGAAUGGCGGUGAUCUGAGGCCUUUUAUACGUUUCAUCGCAAAGCAAACCGAUGCCACAUUGCAGGUUCGUCGUUCUGAUAGUUCACUUCGUUUCAUUUCGUCUUUGACAUCACUAAAAAUAUUUUGUAGUGAGCUCGUAGUCACAGCAGUGCUGAGGCGUUUCAUCCAUGAGCUGAUCGAUAUGGUAUCACCAAGCAAAGAUAGUCGUAAUCGAGAAAUGAUCAACGUGAUGAAUUCAAGAAAAUCAAAUCUGCAAAAUAUUAUACCGUCCGUACAGGAUAGCUUUAGUAAUACAAGGAAUAGUUUAUGA